CCAAUCAGGACUGACUAGCUCACCUCUGGUCCACAUAUAUCUCCGAUCAUCGUCACUGCUCUCUCUCUCUCACAUCUGCUUCUCUACCUGAAUCCAUUCACACAGGUUUGAAGUCAUAACCUCAUCAUGUCAGACUGCAGCAGAACUGUGGAGGAUGUGAGGACUCUCCUUCAGUCCAGAAAAGGCUUGAAUCCACAGCAGAUGGCGAAGUUCUUUGACAACUGGGCAGAGACGUACGACCAGGAUGUGAAGACGCUUAACUACAGAGAGCCAAAUCUGGCGGUAGAUUUCCUGAACGCCAACUUCCCUGGGAGUCGUGAGGAGGCUCAGGUUCUGGACAUCGCCUGUGGGUCUGGACUGGUCGCUAAACUGAUGGCUGAACUGGGCUUCAAGCAUUUUGUUGGAGUGGACUGCAGUAAUAGCAUGCUGGAACUAGCUGCAAAGACUGGCCUCUAUCAGGACCUCAAACUGGCCAUACUGGGACCAGAACCACUGCCUACACAGACUGGUGCUUUUGAUGUUGUUAUCAUCGCCGGCGCUUUACGUGAUGGUUCUGUGCCAGUCAGCGUUAUCAGGGAGCUGUGGCAAGCCGCCAAACCAGGAGGUUACAUUUGCAUGUCGAGAGUGGAUACAGCGUCAGAGUCAGACAAAAGCUACAAGGUGUCUGUGGAGAAAGAGCUGCAGCUGAUGGAGGAGGAGGGACUGUGGACUCCAGUGGACACCAAAGAUAUGGAAAAAUACUUCAUAGACCCUUUUAAUAACUAUGAAAAAGAGCAGGAUGCCCAUUACCUUAGUGGUACCAUGUACCUGUACAGGAAGUCACUUAAUUAGUCACUCUACACCUGUAUACAUUUCUUCACGGUCUGGUCUGUAUAUUCAACAUAAUGUCACUAAGUACGCAAAAGUUUAUGAGGACAUUUUGAUCCUUGUCAGUGCUAUUAAGCCCCAAACUAUGAUUGGACAGUUUUUCAUUGAUACAUGGCUUUGCCUGGGUCCAGACCUGGAAAGUUCAGUCACAAUGAUAAACAUUCAGUCAUUAAAUACAAAAGGCUAAAUAAUUAUCAUUUAAUGUAUGUUUUUCAUGCAAUCAUGACAAUAAAUGUAUACAUUUAAAGAAAAA